CCUCGGUGUGGCUUGUGUCUCUGCCUACUCCCGUGCGUAAGUGCGCACAGACAGAGGAGUGGAGUGAUGCACUCCCGAAAACGCAAAAUCUGAGCCUGAUAAAAAAGACAAAAACCUUUUGGGAAAGGCGUCUAAAUGCGCGCUCGCUGGAGAGGAGUUCAGUUAAGUCAAGUUUAAUCCACAUAGGGUUUUUUGUUUUGUUUGUUCUUCUUAUUCCGCGCGUUUGUUUGUGGAUAAAGAUACGCGAGCAAAGAUGUUCAUCAGCGCGGAUAUUUCUGGACUUUUCGGCAUAUCAUGACCGUGCGCCCUGUCCCCUCUCUUCAGGUCUUUUCGUUUCCGCGCGAAGUUGAACGGAGGAGAGAGCACAAUGGGAGGGAAACACUUUCUCCCCUGCUUCUUGUUGCUCAAACUUAUGGCUCUCGUGUGCAAGGCUGGCGGGAUUCCAGGAGCGCUCGGGGGAUUCGUAAUGAUCGCCACCUCGAACGGCUCCACGCCGGAGGAGAGCGUGUCCGAGCAGACCCCGCACACGGAGGAAAAGUGUCGGGGUUACUACGACGUGAUGGGCCAGUAUGACCCGCCGUUCAUCUGCAAAACGGGCGUGUAUUUGUACUGCUGCGGUACCUGUGGCUUCCGCUUCUGCUGCUCCAUCAAGGAGUCGCGGCUCGACCAGGAAACCUGUACAAAUUAUGACACCCCUAUGUGGAUGAAGAGCGGGCAGACACCCUACAAGAAAACGAACAAGCCUCACGACAGCACCAAAGACAAGACGAACUUAAUAGUUUACGUCAUUUGUGGAGUAGUGGCGAUUAUGGCUCUUGUGGGGAUUUUCACCAAGCUGGGGCUGGAAAAGGCGCACCGACCCCAGAGAGAGAAUAUGUAUAGGGUCGUCGCCAAUGUGCUGCAGGGCGGGUGUCCAGGUGAGCAGUAUCGCGGGGAAGAGGCCCUAGGGAUGCAUUCGCAGCACUAUGUCGCCAGGGCCACAAACAUCCAGGGUGGCCAGAUUAACAACAACGUGGGACCGGCUUCAAACAUGGGCCAGCAGCACCCUUACCCUGCCCUCGGCCAGCUGUCUCACGUCUAUGAGCAGCAGCAGCAACAGCAACAGCUCCACCAACAGCAGCAGCAGCAACAGCAGAACAAGGAUCUCAACAAGUACGCCUCUCUGAAGGCUGUAGCUGCCAAGUACAACGGCGAACUGUACAACAAGCGUCGCCUGAUGGUAGAGAUGCCGGCAAAAGGACUUCCUCUGCAGCCCAUGGGCAACUCCCGACCGUCCAUGGCGUCCAUGGGCAACAUGUCAUCAGUGACUCCUCAGAUGACCACCAACCCCAUGGCUUCAAACCCUAUGAGCGUCAACCCUAUUAACCCCGUCAUGACCCCAAUGACUUCAAUGACACCCAUGACCUCGCUCACCCCAAUGACUUCUAUGACUCCUAUGACUUCCCUCACCCCUAUGACCUCCAUGACUCCUAUGACUUCUUUGGGUCCACUGACUCCAGAGCCAGUGGCCACUUACGUCACCGAGAUGCCCAGCAUCUCCUCUGUCUCAACCCUGCCGACAGAACGGCACAUAGCCGCUGGAGGAGGAGGGGGACACAAGCCAAACGGCCAUAAACCCAAAGUCAGCCAUGGUCACACUGCCCACAGUUCUCACAGCUCUCACAGCUCUCACACUCAUCUUCACAGCCACAGUAGCAAGCCACCAGGACUUGGGGCUACCUCCCUGGCACACAUGGCGGGGACCAUGCCAGGUGGCACAUCCCUGGGCAUCUCCAGGGCUGCUGAGACUGUCAUUGGCCACGGCUCAGCUACAAUGGGCCGCCCACUGGCGUACAGUUCCAAUACAAUUGCGUCCUCACAUGCGAUGGGGCUGGGGCUGAAGGGCUGGGACGGGACUGAGACGGUGGGCCGGAGGAAGACCUACGGGCACAAGAGGCCUCAGUGUACCAUCCUGGAACCGAACCAGCUCCACAGCACUAGAGGCCACAGCCACAGCCAACACUUCCUCCCCACACAGCCCUACUUUGUGACCAACAGCAAGACAGAGGUGACAGUGUGAGAGAGAAAGACAAGAAGAAAUAAAAAGAGAGGAACAGGAUGCAUGUGGAGUGGUGACACGAGUAAUCUCUGAGUGGAGAUACAGUACCAGCUCUUGAGAUGUUCAAACGUGCAGAUCUUCACGUGUGUUUGUGUGUAGAAGUCGAGGGUCGUUGGUUUACUGUGUCAGAGUGGUCCUUGUUUCACAAACAAAGUUCACGACGAAAUCUCUCUAAAAGACCUUUGCUGUCAAAAGGACGGCCCCCGAGUAGGUGGCAUCUGUAACCAUACUAACAAAGAGCCUACAGAGCAGGGAUGUCUUUACACUUGUGGUGAUAUUAGAAUGUUGUCUCACAGCUAAUAUCUACUCCAUAAUGAUACCGAUAUUGGAGAAUUACAGUGCGACUGCUCUCAGAUGGGAAACUGCUGAUAAAAAAAAUGGAUUGGUUUAACAAAUCAAACCUGAGAAGCAAUAUAAUGGAUCAGCUGUAGGCACAGAAGCAUCACGGGUAAUGAGAAAUACAGCAAUUACCCAUAAACCUCUUGACAGGAGGUGUGCUCACCUGUCCAGCAAAGUACUGAAGGGUUUGGAAGAAAAAACACUUCCUCGUGAUUCACACCCAAAUCUCCCGAGGGCUUUACAGCAGACACACACGAUGAGGGCCCUGGGCUUUGGACUGCAGACAUGAAGGCUUUGUACUGUGGCUUUUCACACGCACCUCCUUGAGCUGUGCGGCUGAAGGUCUCCCUUUUCCACAAGAAACUCCAGCACAGAGAGCGGAGGCUGUGGCACUGGUUUUAUUUUGUUCUGAUCUCGUCUGUGUGAUGACAGCUGACCCAGGGGAGGGAUAGGGAGGCCGGGACAAAGCAUCUGCAUGAUGAAAAUGCACACAUUCAGAAAUACACGGACACAUUUUCUCACGCAGAGUUACCACACAGUUGGGUUUUUAAUUAUUGAUGCCAGUGGAUUUAACUGGCAUCAAAAUUAAAUAGGUUUGAAAAUGCUCUUUUACGUGACACUUUUGACUUUUAGUAAUGGCAGCUACAUCAAAAAGACCAAUGUAAUCCAUGCACAGACAGGAAACAUCUUUAAGUUUUCCAAAAACAUUAAAUUGCACAUUUAAAAAACAUUUUAGACAACAUGCUAUGUGGUAUAUGAGAAGACUGAUGCCACCUCUACAUGUCUCUGUGUUAAAUUUAAUGCUAGAGGCAGCAGAUAAUUAACCUAGCCUAAAAAUAAAUAAAUAAAUAUAUGGAAUGAAUGUUAGAAACAGGAGGGGGAACCAUUAGCCCAGUUCUGUGCAAUCGAACAAUAAUGAAAUUGCCUUCAGGGACCUCAAAACAUCACUAAUUAAGAUGUUACAUCUACUUUAUUUAAGUAGAAAAAAAGAAACCUAAGAGUAAAACGGACAUCCUGUGGUUUUAAGUGGGGGGGUAUGUGUCAGACUAACUGUGAAAUAACUUCACACUAGGUUGCCAGGCAACAAACUGUUGAACUAUUCCUCUAAAAGAAUGAAUAAAUAGAGCAAAAAACCCAACCGUGUUCUAAUGUAGCCGUGGUGUGGAUGAUCACGCUGGAAGCAGACAAAAUGACUAAUUUAAUUUAGACUUUGUGUGUGUGUUCCUUUUUUCUGAGUGUGCAAAGAUGAGACAUGCCCAGACAUUUUUACAAAGUGGACCAAAUGUAAGAGUUUUGACCUCUCAUCGUGUUAGAGUUUACAGAGCUCUGGGAUUUAAAAAGUCCUAAAACUGCCACAAAAAGAGCGCAAAGAAGAAACACCUUGCUGUCGCCCGCGAGGCACUGCCACGAGAAGCUAGUCUCGAUCAGAUCACUAACUGUACUCAAGCUCCAGCUGAAAAAAAGAAACCCGGCACAACCAGCUGUAAGAAUCUAUCUGGGUUACAUGACUCAAACAUAAAAAUAAAUCCCCUUAAAUCUGGCAAAUAGGCCAAAUCUUCUAAGGGAUUCUCAAAGCCUAUUUGCUUGUUUUUUCCAUGUAAGAUAUAUUAGCAGCAGCAGCCACUGUUAUCAUGUAAAUCUUGUCUUCUAAAGUGCUUCAUCCACCUCUAUUAAUUCAGCGAAUUAAGAUGCUUUUUAAGUGAUCAGACUGCACUAAAAAUGAGAAGCAUUUGGCAGAAGCGUAAACACAGUUGACAGCAGACAGCAUCCCACUAACAAAGACAGAUUGUGAGGGCAUUUUUGGGUAGAGAACAAGGAAGAAAAAAAAAAACCAGGGGGUGUUUAAAGUAGGAAAACCUGAGAGGGAGAGGGCCACGUGACAAUCUUGUGAGAGUAAAGGAUAUGAAUAUCAACGUAUACCUGAGACAGUUUUUUGCAUCAGCUGCACUGCAAGCAGUUUGGGCACGUUAUGGAUGGAGGUGUAAAAUGAGAACCUAAUACUGCAGUAAUACUGCAGGUUCUAAGUCGGACAUGAGAAGAAACACCUAGGCCAGCUGAGCGCAUAGAUAAGGGGCUCUAUCAGGGAAUAUUUUCCCCCUCAUGCUGUGGAGCCCCCUGCUGCCUUCACGAUCACGUGACUGUAACCCGAGGCCAGAUUGAAGGCAUGGAACAGGAUUUAAUAAGUCAUCAGAGCAUUAAAAUGUGUCACCUACACACUUAACGCACGCGCGCACACACACGUGCGCACGCAUGUCGCGAACACAUUACAGGGUGGACUCUGCUUUCCUUGUGUUCCCACAGUGCCGAGCGGCAGGUGUCAUCACAGCAGAGAGACCAAGAGUCGGUACUGUUACUGCGCCUGUUGUACAUGAAAGACUGUGAAACUCCAGACCAUGGCCCUUUGUAGCGAUAACUGAUAUUAUGCUUUUUAUAUAUAAAUAUAUAUAAAUAUAUAUAUAUAUAUACAUAUAAAUUUACAUAGCCUUUCUCUCUUAAUCUAUUUCUUUUCAUCCUUUCCUCUUCUACACUUUUCCCCUCCUCUUAUCCUUUUCUCUGUCAGUCUAUGGAGAAAGACCUUCAGAGGAAAUAUGUGAGAGAAAACAAAAAUGGGGCUGCGAUGAAUCUUUUCUGUAACAACAAAGUUCAGGCACAGUAAGACAGACAGAUAAUAAGUUACCUUACCUUGAUAGACGUGAUUGGUUUUCCCGUGCACACUGUUCUCGCAGGAACUCCAAGUGAUCGAGUCUGCGAUUCCAGAAAAAAGUUAUUUUGUACAACUGCGUGUCCUGUUGAACACUGCACACAUUUCACUGUUCACAAAGUGUGUGUUUGUGUGUGUGUGUGUGUGUACAUCCAACCCUGGCUGAUGAUUUUGUGAUUAUUGUCUUUGAAGGAGUCAAAUUCAAACAAAGUCAUAUUUAAAAGGGAUUCAUAGGAAUACAAAUACAUAUAUUUGUGUUUGGUGAUGCUAUGCAGGAUCCCCCCCCUUACAUGUUCCUGUUUCCUGGCAGAUUGUGUUGUUUAGGACAGAGUUGAGAAACAGGUCAGUGUUUGCUGGACGUGCAUUAUCAGACCCAAUUGGCUUAAUCCAGCAAGGCAGAAAUGUGGAAAUGUGAACCCUCCAUGCAACCUCUUGCUGGCAAAUCUCUGAAACCUCAUCCAGCUCUGCGAAAGCAGCCAGCGGAACAAUUCGUAGGACGGUGGAAACAGUUGGCAAACAAAAAAGCAACCAACAAACCCCCCACCUCCCCCAUUGCUCAUUGUAACAGCCAAAUAAACCUGAUAUAAAGCAGGGAAUUUGUUUGAGCUGGCUGUGUCAUGGUUGAUAGGGUCAGGGCCACAGAUGAGUGGGUUCAGGAGGCAGUCAUGUCUGACAUUCCCCAUCAGACGAGUCAGCCAGACAAAAAAAUGCCAGAGCAGAAGGACACAGGUAGUCUGCAGGCUUAAAAAAAGAGUUCAUUUAUUAGUGCAAUUUUUUUUUACCGUCAGUACUGGCUUAACAUACUGCAAUAAUCUAUACUGUAUUAAAACUGCUGUAUAGGGAAAAGUAAUUCAGUGCAAAGUGUGGAAGUUUUCAUUAACUUGUGGGUUGAUGGUGCUGACCAACAGAAAGCUGCACAGUACAUCUUUUGCAUGGGAGUUGUACUCUCAUUUCAAAUUCUAAUCCUAAUAGGAAAUUGUGCAAAGGUAUUUCAAAGUAAAAUAUUUUACUCCCUUGCCAACUGCAUUCCCUACAUUUGUUUUAGACCUGCAAAUUUUCCCUGGUCUUGAUAGACUGCCAUUGUUACAGUAAACUACCUGUGUCAUCUGCUUUUUAUUAAUUAAUGCAUUGUUAGCGUUCUACCCAGCCUGCCCUGUAGGCCUGGUCGAAAGUUGUGCAGUGUGACAUCAUUGCUGCAUUAAACUCAUUUAUUGAUGAACUGACAGUAAACAGCAGCUGCCUCUCCCCUAGCCUGAAUUUGCCAGAUGUUUCUUCCUGUUUGAAGGGAGUUUUUCCUUCCCACUGUCACCAAGUACUUGUCUCGUGUCUUUACCUUAAAGUAUAAAGCACAUUUAGUGGACUGUUGUUGUGAUUUGGCCCUAUCUAAAUAAAAUAAAAAUGAAUUGAAUUGAUGCUAUCGUAUUGAAAGGAGCUAAAGGAAGAGCUGACAGGCAAGCAAAGAAUAACUUACCCACUUACAAAAUAACCUAGAAAAGUACUAGCAGCCACAAACUGAGUAUUAUAAGAGCUUGGGCCACACAUGCGUCACUGAAGGACAAAAGGAGGUGAAUGCGUCUGGGAUAUAAAAGUUGGGGAUUAAAGCCCUCCCUCCCCUCUCUUGUUUUCGGAGUUACCUUAAUAACAAGUUCUCCUGUUCAGCAGAGCAACCAGAGUUUUAGAUAGAAGCGCUCAGCAAAAUAUCUACAAAGGGUAUUCAGUAAGAGACAGAAGAGGAGCUGCACUGGGGCCUGUGGCCAGGGGGCUUUAUUAGUUCUCACUGUGGUCUUUAAUCACCAAAACCCAAAGAAAUGUGGGAAAGAGCUUUGAUGCUGCAACAGGGACUCCACAGUCCACAGAGGCGCACAAAGACAGAAGAGGGAAAUUAAUGUCAAUAGUUGGGAGAAGCUUUGAAUUAUUGAUACAGUAAAAAUGGUGGUGUAUGGCGCAUGAGUGCUAACAGCUGUGAAUCAAAGACAAUUUGUUGGAUCUCACACACACAAGCACACAUUCAUAUACACAAACUCUUCUUUCCAGUGUUUUGCGUUGCUCAAAUUAUCGAUUAUUACUGCGGCACAUGCAGCUCGAUAGAUUCUCGCAUCAAAAUCGGCUAUGUGUAUGCACUGGAACAUUGUGUUAGCUCCUUUGGGCUUUAUUUUUACACUGUGUCCUAUUUAAGCUGAAGAUGUGAAGCAUGGAUUGUUCUUGAUGUCAGUCUAAAUCAGGAAAACGCAGCUGUCUGUAUAUAUUAAUUUCUUAGUGGCAAAGUAGUAAAGAAAGACCGCCCCAACCCCACCCUUUAAUUAGAACAGAUAAAAACGCGACGUGCUUGUUUCACCGAAGAAAAGACAGAACAGGGUCGUCAAGACUGCAAAAUGGGAUAUGUACAGUUCAUCAGAAUGACAUAAAAGGGCUCAAACACAAGAUACGUUUUUCUCCACUCUUUAAUUUCUCUGCUCUUUACUGUUGUUAUUUGCUGGGCUUAGUAGUGUUGUAAACAUGACAGCUAAUGGAAAAGCAGCAUCUUUGUGACCAUACAUCCCGAGAUUACCGUGUUAUCAAAGACGGUUCUCGUCAACUAUGUUUACAACUUUGUAUAGCAUCAAUCCUUACGUGCAGUGUUUUCUCCACCUGGAGCUAUCUACUUAUGCACAGAAGCAGAGGAGAUGCGGUGUUUGUUGUCCAGUAACGCUCAACAUUUGUUUUAAAGUGGACCAAUUACGCUAUUCCUUAUUUUAUGUCAUGUAUAUACAAUUCUCAUAUUAAACCGGGGCCACGUAUCAAUUAAUGAGGACAGCAUAUGUGAAAGUAAUCCCUGUAAGCCAGCUUUUUUUUUGUUCUGUAUGACGUCAAGGAAAUCAAAUAUCUAGGGCUUACUGAGGGCCGAAAAGCCCCUCCCACCUGCUGUUGUUCUUUUUUUUGGGAGGGACAGCCAAUCAGAAGAAAGUUAGCUUAUAAGGGAGGCUGGCCUUAAAGAGACAGGCGCUAAAAAGGCUUGUUUCAAACAGUAGAUAAACUGGGGGCUCCUGUAUUAGCUGAGAAUCAGAUAUGUAUUGAUUAUUUGAGCUGUGAAUCAUGCUACUCUAGUGAAGUCCAAGAAUAAAUACAUGGAGCCUGAAAUGAGCACAGCAGACCGUUUUUUCUAUGGCUUGCGACUAUGGUGGAUUUCAUAUGUAGGGUUUUUAUCAGAAGGUAAUUUUAAAUAUAAUCUAAUUGCUAUUAGGAUUCAAAGAAAUACUUCAGUGACAGUGCAUUUAAAUGUAAUCUGCAUAGUGACUUCUGCUAGGGCCCAAAGUUAAAGGGUUUUCCAUCAGUUUUGAAGAUUCAACAAGUUAUUUGCAGUAAAACUAUGAUCCAUUAGUAUAUCCUUUUAUAGAAUAAGUCACUGAUUAACUCAUUUUAGUGUUAAUCAAGUAGUACAUACAAAGUUACCUGUAGGAGGUCCGGUUUUCUAUUUUUGAUGUCCAGACCAGUUUGUUGUACUUAUGCAUAUGUGUUUAUGGAUAAGUAGGGCCCCAACACUGCAUUUAUGCGUAACGUAAAGCAUAUUUUUUAAUGGUAGAGCCCCCAUCUCCCACUAUUGUUUGCAGAGUAGCUUAUAAUAUGCACCGUGAUGCCCCAUUGUCCUUUUACUGUUUACUGACUUUAUAAUUUGUGGAAUUAAGUUAUGAAGAAGCUGUAUUUUGGUACUAUUCAGAUAUUGUUAAGAAAAAAAAGAGAAAUAUAGCAGAUGUAUUGUCCCAGAAAUAUAUUACCAUAGUGUUGCUAUGACUGUCUAUUUUUUCUUUAUUUUUUUGCGGGGGGGAGGGGUUGAUAGGGAUAUUUUUGUUCUUCUUUUGUUGUUGAUUUGCCAUCUGACAGUACAGUAUAUCACCAUUGUUCUAUAUACGACUUUCUUACGUGGCAAUAAAAGAUGACUUCUGUAA